AUGGAUCAACAUUCUCAAGCAUCCAAAGGAAAUGAUCGAAAAAACAACCUCGCAACCGAGGGUUGUACACUGGCUGGAGUCCUUGGAGGAUCGGUCCACGAGCUCCUUCAAAAGUGGAUUCUCAAUGACUUCAGACGGCAGAAGAUACCAUCGGCGAGAUUGACCAACACAGACAAGAUGCAAGCCUGCUCUGAUGGCGAUGGAGUUGGCGGCGAAAUCAUCGUCGGAGUUAUUUGCGGUAGCCACAAUUGGGCUGUAGUUAGGUGCCUUUCCAAGCCUGGAAACCUAAAAUAUGAUUUUGAGAGUGGCUUUGAGCUUGGAGAGUUUUCUUCCUCUGGCCAUUUAAUUUUUGAAUUGUUUUUGAGGAUGAUUGAAUUAAAAGCGGCAAGAAUGGCUGAAAAUUGGGUUUCUUUGGUGCCGGGGGAGACGAAAACGACCAGUAGCGGUGGCGGUGGGGGAAGAAAUGUAACAAUAAUAGAGGAAUUUGAUGUGAAUGGAUAUCCUAAAGUUUAUGGUGUAUAUUCAGCCGAAGACCUCAGAUCUCUUACAGAUCCUAAGCCUAAGAGGAUUAUAGUAGUAUCCUCUGAUGAAGAAGAUGAUCUUGAAGAUGAAACAGUUAACGCAAUUUUGGGUACGAACUUCAAAGAAGUUACAUCUAAGAAAAAGCAGGAUAAUGGAAUUGGAAUCCCUCUUGAUUUGAAGGAGGGCGAAGAUAUUAUCAAUUCCAAAGAGAUGGGAGAAGCAUCCGAAAUCGUGAAAUUGAAAGACAAUAUUAAUUGGCAUGAUGGCAACUGCGAGUGUUGCAUUCUGGAAGCUGCCAUAAAGAAAAGAAAAUCCCCGACUACUAUUGUUGAACCCAAACUCAAAAUCAAACUAUCUAAAAAGUGA